AUGUCGCAGAGUUUGUCGCAGGUCAGCAGCUUCAGGGUAGAGAGGCCCAGCGCGGGACUGCGCAAGCUCCUGGACGCGGUGCACAAGCAGAUCCGAGACGAGGAGAGGGAGCACAUGGCCGCCGUACAGGCGGAGAUAAACGGGAACCGCACGGGAGAGGUGUCGACAUUUGAGGCGCGCAAGGCCAAGCGGCACGCUCGCCAGGUAGCGCUUGCGAAGCUCCUCAAGGCGAAGCCCGCAGAGGAUGCCGACGAUCCCCGGGACGUUGAAGCCAUCGCACUCGCCAAUUCCAACAUGGGGGACUACAAGCUCAAGUCUUCUACCGAUUACGAAGUGCCGGAAGAGAUGCAGCUGAACGUAGUAAAAAAGCAACGAGAGAUGGUUCUCCUCGAGGACUCACUGCACACCAUGAGAUCGAGAUUCAACAGCCGCUUCCUGGCCCUAAGGACAAUCAAGCGGGAGAUUCUCUCGACCGUUUCGGCGGACAACAGGCGCCUGCGACAGAUCGAUGCCGAGCUGGGGGAGGGCGGGAAUGGUGGAGGCGACCUCUGGGAGCCAGCGUUGGACCCUUCAGAGUGGCCAGAAAUGCGAGACUACGUGUCCCCGCAAGAGCUGGACGCCUACGCAGCCCUGUGCAGGUCAGCCGCCGAGGCCAAUGAAGCGAGGGGGGGCAAGGCGAUCGGCGGCGCGAACCUGCCCCCUGCCCCCCGCAGAGAGAUAUUGAGCCUGAGUGAUUUGGCUGCGGCUGAGGAAGCGCGGACGGGAUUGCAACCGGCGACGUUUGGUUCCGGAGACAGCAAAGGCGUGACACAGGCCAUCACGACUACUUCUCCUGGCGAAGAUCCGGGAGCAACUACACAACCUUCGUCGGAGUCCGCCCUCACUGUCUCGCCCGGAGCAACCUCAGCAGAGGCAGCGCUGAGGAUGGUGAAAGACGUGGACGGCAUGAUCAACAAGCUCCCGGCUGCAAGGGGGUCGAAAGGCCGGACUGACGGGGAGCUGAGCGCGCUCGAGGAAGAGGAGCGCGCCGCGAGAGACAUGAUUCUGCGGCACGAAAGGCGAACUAUCCUGGAGGCCGCGGCGGAGAACGUUCUAGCCUUUGAUGAGGCCGUGUACGACCUGAGGAAAGAGAGGAUGCUCACAGCCGCGCACCUCAAGGCAGCAGAGCUCAAGUUGCUGGAGCUGGAACUAUUGAACCAGUUCGACACGAAGGAUAGGGCCCUGUCAACCAAGAUGGACAAGCAGCAGCACGACAAGAAGGAGGUCGUCGCGGCCACUGCGGUCUCCAAGGCCAAGCUCUCGGCGACACAGGCGGAAGCAGAGGCGGGCGCUGGGCUGGAGGCUGGGGUGUUGUCGGACUUUUUGGACCUGGUGCCCGAGACGAGUCAGUUUCACGAGGUUCUCAACAAGAUAUUCCGAAAGAAGAUCAAACGGACCAAGAAACGGCUGGCUGGGGAAAACGACGACGGCGACGACGAGAGCGACGAAGAAGAUUCCGACGAGGACGACUACGACGACUUCGACGACGACGAUGAGGAAGAGGUGGACGACAGCUGCCCUCCCGGCUGCGACAUGGCCCUCUACGAGAAGGUGCUAGAGCUACGGGAAAGUCGUCUGGAUCAUGAAGAAAACUUGGCUGAGCUGCAGAAGGCGACCGACGAGCACAAGCGAAACCUCGACCGCCAGAGGCAGAUCGACAAGGAUCUGAAGCAGACAGCCCUGGAGAUCAAGGCAGCACAGGCCGACAAGCAGGCGGAACUCAAUAAGCUAGACGUGGUUGUCUCUCUCAAGUUGAAUCAACUGUACUGCAUGGAUAACGCGAUCGAGGAACAGGCGGAGGGUGGGGAGGACGGUGACAAACCCAGGCGAAGAGGCAGCGUGUCUCGCCCGAAGCUUGUGGCCGACGUGGGAAUGGACUCGCACAUCCUCUUCACGAGGAUGGGCUUGGACAGGCUAAAGCGGCGCAUAUCAGAACUAGUUCAAGAAAACAAAGCGGAGAGGAACAACUUUAAGGAGUUGCACCGCGACCGAGGGCGGCUAGAGAAAGCGAGAGUGGUGAAGGAGGCGGAGAUGGAGGAGCAUCAGGCUAGGUGCAACGAGAUCCAGGUGCUCAAGUUCGGGCAGCUCAUCGACCUCGAGAUGGUGGACAAGGAAGAGGCGCGGCGACGGGUAGAAGCCAUUGAAGACCAACACGCCAUGGAGCUAGCGCGACUGGAAGAGAGAAAUCGUGAACUCAGGGGUCGCCUCUUAGAAGGCACCUACGAAAACACGAAGCUGCUCAGGGACGUGGCAGAUCUCAGCUCGAAACAAUUCACCCUCGAGAAGGAGCUAAACACGAGCGGGGGAGGUGCUGCCCUCGGAUCACGAGGGCCGACGCUCCGCAAGGAAAAAGAGGAGAGGGAUCGGCUGGCGGCCCUCGUCAAGCUCCAAGGCAGGGAACUCGACGCGAUCAAAGCCGAGAUCAAUCUACUCAGGCGCAAAGGAGGACACAUUUAUGCUCCAGUCCCGUUGCCGCCAAUUCAGCAACACCACGAGCAGCAGUUCUACCCGGCACCCGCUUCAGACAACCAAAUGGACGAUAUGUUGGCCAACCAAUCGCAAGCAACACCGAACGCUGUUUUCGAGAACGCCCACGGAGAAGACGGCACGAUUCUACGACACGAUGGAGGUGGUCAUCAGGAGCACCACCACCAACAACCACGGGAGGACUUUGGGAAUGGCCAACGUGUUGAGUCAGAAGCCGAAAAUUGAGGCGGUGAACUUCAUGUGUGGUACGGCUCUCGGAGACAUGCUCCAUAGAAACCCGGUGGAAGGUUGUUGCAUCUUCGGCCAUUAUCGUAAAUGUGCACAUCCUCUGACAUGAAGGUCUCGAGUCAGAAGGAGAGGUUGAAAGCAAAACAGAAGACCCCGCUGUGGUAUGAUUAAAUUGGGUAUCGGGCCUCUUCUGGCAGUCAAAUCUCGGUGCAAACCUGCGUGUUAAACCCAAGUCUGCAACUACACGAACAGUGCCGGUGGAGAAAUACAGCGGCUGAAGCACCACGGACAUGUGGACAUGCGGUAUACAAUAGCCAUUGGCCUAUUCUCACUACUCGCACGGUAGACAAUAAGAGAAACUCACAACUGCGCUUGACGCUGAAGUCACGCCGAGAACGGAGCAUACUUCCGUGUUGCCGUGUUGGCCCUGACAUGGAUCCGAAAUUACCAUCUCAACAGGCUUAGCUUAGUGCACAAAAACGGGGGGCUGGGGGGGGGGGAGGCCUCUCCUCUCGAAAGAAGAAAAAUGUAACCGCCGCCACAAGGUACUUUCGUAAACAUACAUCACAUUGGAUAUUACGUGUCUCAGGCUGUCCGAAGUAAACAGCGUAUACAAUGGUAGCGCCGCCGACAGCAUCACGGUACGUCACGAUGCC